AUACCCAAAGUUAUUACAGUUCAUACUGUGAGGAAAAUUCUAGCCAGUGUUAGUUUGAAAUAUUUUUUUCUGGACCAAAGGGGCCAUACUGCCACCCUACACCCUCACCGCUAGCAAGGAUAAAAAGAUUUAAAAUGUAAUUUUCAUUAAAGAUUGAACAUUAUCAAAAUUAUUUUCUGAUUGCCAGGUGAGACCUCAUUGACUGAACGUUUCCCAGUCUGUUCAUCUGGUGUAUUUGAGGUCAUGUGCAACAUCUCUCUAGACAGACCACUAAUAUCUGAAAAACUUAGGGCUGAACUCAAUCCAAUGGUCAUCACAAUCUUGUCGGCCACCUCAAUGCCUUCAUCCCCGGUCCCUUUCAUCAUCCUACAGGACAAAUGUGCACCCGUCUAUUGCCAGUACAAGUUCCACAACUUGAGCAUGCACAGAACAAACUAUCACAAGCAUGGCACCAACAUCUACUUCCGAGAUGUGAAUGUGAUCCUGACUGGCCUGAUGAGUCCUGAAGAGCUCAGAGAGUUCUUCUCUGGCCCUCCUCUGGAGAUAGAGGUGCAUGAUCGUGACAGAAAGUUGGAAGAGCUGCCAAAAACUCCAGCAGUGUCUGGCACAAACUCAGAUGAUGACAUUCUGUGUGGUGCGGUACUAUUAAAACAGAAGACAGCAGUCAUUAACUCAUAUGGUAUUGCAAGCCUGAACCUAUCUGAGCUGCUACUUGGGAAGAAAAACCUAAAGGUGCACUUACCAAUCAGAUGCUGCCCUCUACCUCCGCUGCUGGACAGGGAGCGAAGUGCAAGGGGCAACAGGAUGACAGACACAGCAGCUAGCAGAGAGCCCAUGCCACAAGGCCAUUAUUUUGACGCCAAUUCUCAACUCAAAGUCAAGGUUGAGAUAGCUUGUCCACUCAGCGUUAAGAACGGCAGCAGUGAGUCCUGUGAUGGUCCAUUUGGGCGCAUCGUCUACCUCUUUGAUUACAACAACUUCUCUGUGAUGACCGAGCUGAGGUCAGAGAUCCUCAGAAUCAAUGCAUCCGCUUUCCAUCUGGGGUCACGUUCCCUCGAAAAUGUAGAGAAAGCCCUAUCAAAUUACAUAAUGAAUUUCAAGCACGACGAGAGCGAGGAUCUGGAUUUUGUUACGGGAUUCCACGUGCUAGAUAAGACGAUGCACAUCUUUGUUCUUGAAGGGCUGAAACAUAAAGCAGUGAGGAGGCUUUGGGAGGCUGUUCCUAUGAAGCUAAGUGGGAGUGAGGAGGAGCAGGUGAUAGUCCUCUACAACUCAAACCUGGGUUUCUUCAAGCGCAUCUAUGACUCAUUAGAUGUGGGCCUGACUCCUAUCCGUACAUAUGAGUCACUAGCGACCAUCAUGAGACAGCCUCUGGUCUACAUUAGAGGCAUGGUCCCCCAACCCUGCUUUCAGGCUUUGUCAAGGUUAAGCCAGCUUUGUCAAGUAAGGCAACUCAAAGAUGCAGUGCAGUACAACCUCUUCCCCUCAGCUGACAUGAUACUCAGCAUGAACAAGGAAUAUGGCACAUAUGCUGAGCAUUGGGAGCAAAAAGCCGGUGCAGACACUGAGGUGGACAUGAUGCCCACUCUACCCAUCCGGAUGAAAAGACAUGCAGCACUCAACACACUCAACAGAGAGUACACGAAAUGGAAACGCAGCAGCCAGCGGUUGGCGCUCAGACAGUGCAAGAACUACAUUCAGGACAAUAUCAAAAAGGUGCAAGAGGAAAGUGAGCGGUUACAGAAGCCAGAGGCUGCUGUGUUAAAGGUGGAACAGUCUACAACCAGGCCAGCACACAACUACAGCAUCCAGACCUUCAACUCAAAUGAGCAAGCCAAGGAGCUGCUGCGCAAAAAGAUGGCCCAGGUGCGGGGCCGGAGGUUCACCUACAGUCAGCAGUAUCACAGUGCUACAGUGGAGCCAGGGGACGUGACUCCUAAAAUUGACUCCCGCUCCGCUGCUGCCUCUACCACUUGGUUCACAAGCAUGAGCGGUGACAAGCCCAAAGUGCACCCUAAACACCCAGAUGAGGCUCGAGUGGAGGAGCUGAGGAAGGUGAUCUUCCAGCAGUGUGGGGUUUCACAGUUCGCUCAGAACGCUCAGUUUAUUGGCAUUCCCAUGAAUCUUAGCACAGGGAUAUCUUUUUUUAUGGCUGUUUGCUUACUCUUUCCUUUUUCUCUAUGACCCA